AUGAAGGAACUAGCUGACUCAUUUGCUGGGAGACAGAAAGCUGGAUCAUCUGAGACAGAAAAAGGAGAAAAGGAGGUGGAGGUGGUGUGUAGCAAACAAGCGGUCAGUGACCUGAAGGACCAGCUGAAAUCUGUCUUGAAGCCUCUACAGGACAAGAGAGACAAAUACAAACAAGUGGAGAAAACAUAUAAUGAAAUGAUUCAACACUCCAAGAAGCAGCUGUUGUCCACAGAGAAGCAGAUCAGAGCAGAGUUCAACAAGCUCCACCAGUUCCUGAAAGAGGAAGAGGAGUCCAGACUUGCAGCUCUGAGGGAGGAAGAGGAGCAGAAGGGGAAGACUAUGAGCAGAGAGAUGAAGAGGACCAGAGCCAGAGCCCAGAGCUCACUAUCAGAUCCACAGCUGGUCUCAGGAGCGCUGAUAGAUGAGGCCAAACACCUGGGCAACCUGUCCUUCAGAGUCUGGGAGAAGAUGAAGGAGAAGGUCCACUUCAGUCCAGUCAUUCUGGACCCAAACACUGCCAGCCGAUGGCUCUAUCUGUCUGAUGAUCUGACCAGUGUGAGAAAUGGAGACACAAACCAUCAGCAGCUCCCUGAUAAUCCAGAGAGAAACACUAAGUAUCCCACUGUUCUGGGCUCUGAGGGCUUCAGCUCAGGGAAACACAGCUGGGAGGUGGAGGUGGGAGACCAUCCUAGCUGGACUUUGGGUUUGACUAAAGAGUCAGUUGACAGAAAGGGAAAGCGAACUGCUACACCAAAAUAUGGAAUCUGGUGUUUAUGGCAUGGUGAUGGAAAAUACACUAAUGGUCUUUGUAAGACUGUAACAGUGAAGAAGAGUCUCCAGAGGAUCAGAGUCCAGCUGGACUAUGACAGGGGGGAGGUGUCCUUCUACGACCCUGAAGACGAGACUCACAUCUACACUCACAGAGACACUUUCACUGAGAAACUCUUCCCUUAUUUCUGUAUUGGAAAGUCUGGUGAUGUUAAAACCACUAAUAUCAAAAUCUGUCAAACUGAGAUUUCUCUGUGA